AUGAAUAUCAACCAAGAUAAUAGGUUUGAUCGAGUUAGGGAUGAGUUGUACAUAUCUUUAGGGAUGGCAUCGGACGAUAGUUUGUUGAAUGAAUACGAAUGGGUCGAUGUUGAUUCUCACGGCAAUUUCAACAAUGCUGUGCACUUAGAUGAUGAUGAUGAAGAUGAAGAAGUCGAUGGAGAAUAUCACGGAGAAGCUAACGAUGAUGGAGAGCAGGUUUUAGGAAAUGAGUUAGAGUUAUGUGAUGUUGAUCGCGAAAUGGACAAUGAAUUCACUGAAGAGGAUGUGGUUUUAGAACAUGCACGACUGAAAGGAUUCCCCGUCGUCAAAAGAAAUUCCAACAAGAAGGGUGGUGGCAAUGCCAGGUACAUAACUUACUAUUGUGAUAGGGCUAGGAUUCGCAAAACCAAGUUUACCACCAAGAGUAACAAUUGUAAAGCUAGGCUAGCUGCUGUUUUGGAUGAUUCUGGUUGUUGGCGCGUCUCUAAGGUCGUUCACGAUCACAAUCAUGAUUUGCUCCCAUCCAUAUCGCGCCCGAUGGCUGGACAUAGGUCCGUUUGUGAUUCUUUGAAGACGGAUCUUGUAGCACACGAUCGAUUUGGCAUUAGACCCUCCAAGAAUAUUAGACUUGCUGAGGUUCAACGUGGUGGACCGCGAAAUUUGGGUUGCACUACAAAGGAUUGUAGAAACUUUAUUUUGAAGAGUAGCAAUUUUGAAAUGCAAGAAGGGGACGCACAGUCGCUGCUCAACUUUUUUCAUGAAAUCCAGGUAAAGGAUAGGGAGUUCUUCUAUUCAAUCGACGUUGAUAAUAUUAGUAGGCUGCAAAAUAUGGUAUGGGUGCAUUCACACUGUAAGGCAGCGUAUGAGAAAUUCUAUGAUGCGAUAUGCUUUGAUACGACGUACCUUAUGAAUCGAUAUAAUACGCCAUGUGCUACAUUUGUUGGCAUCAAUCACCAUAGGCAGUCCAUCUUACUAGGAUGUGCUCUCAUGUCUCAUGAAGAUAUCAAUAGUUACAAAUUAGUUUUUAGAACUUGGCUUGAUGCCAUGGGAAAUGUUCAUCCAGAUGCGAUCAUAACUGAUCAGUGUCAGAGCAUUAAGGUAGCCAUUACUGAAGUGAUGCCAAAUACAAUACAUAGGUAUUGUAUUUGGCAUAUAUUCUCAAAGUUUUCUCUUUACUUAAGUGGUGUUCGUCCUUCUAAAAUUGCACGUGGAGAAUUUAAAUCAAUGGUCCUUGAUAGCAUUACUGUUGAAGUUUUUGAGAGAAAAUGGACAGAAUAUAUUGCAAGGUAUAAUUUUCAUACAAGGAAUUGGUUCAACAAGCUUUACUCUGAGAAGGAAAAAUGGGUUCCUGUGUACCUUGAUGUGUAUUUUUGGGCUGGUAUGCUAUCUACGCAAAGAAGUGAAGGGAUGCAUGCGUUCUUUGAUGGAUAUAUUACCCGUCAAAGCACUCUUAGGAUGUUUGUUCACCAGUCUGAGUUAGCUAUAAGAGCUAAGCAUGAGAAAGAGUUGGAAGCGGAAUACAGGUCAAAGGGCUUUCAAAUUGUGUGCGAGUCAAUGUUCAAGUGGGAGGAGCAGGCAAUUCAGUGUUAUACGCGUACAGUGUAUGAAUUUUUCAAGACACAACUAAGGAAAUUGUAUCAUUGUGAAGUCAGCAGCCCCGACGAUCAUCAAGUUGUCCCCGGUGUUGAGAAAAUCAUCGUUAGUGAUUAUUCAGUUAUAAAGAAAAAUGAUGGAAAUCCAGUUGAGUACACUAUUGAAUAUAUACCUAUCGGCGAUUAUUUUAGCUGCAGCUGCAAAUGGUUUAAGUCUAGGGGGAUACUUUAUUGCCAUAUACUCAAGAUCUUGUCGCACAAGAAGAUUGAUAAAAUUGAUGAAAGGUAUAUACUGACAAGGUAG